AUGGAUAAACCAAGAGAUAUGGAUAAACCAACAGAUAUGGAUAAACCAAGAGAUAUGGAUAAACCAAGAGAUAUGGAUAAACCAACAGAUAUGGAUAAACCAAGAGAUAUGGAUAAACCAAGAGAUAUGGAUAAACCAACAAUCAUGGAUAAACCAACAGUCAUAGAUAGACCAACAAUCAUGGAUAAACCAACAAUAAAGGAUAAACCAACAAUCAUGGAUAAACCAACAAUCAGGGAUAAACCAACAAUCAGGGAUAAACCAACAAUAAAGGAUAAACCAACAAUCAUGGAUAAACCAACAAUCAGGGAUAAACCAGCAGUCAUGGAUAAACCAACAGUCAGGGAUAAACCAACAAUCAUGGAUAAACCAACAACAAAGGAUAAACCAACAAUCAUGGAUAAACCAACAGUCAUAGAUAGACCAACAAUCAUGGAUAAACCAACAGAUAUGGAUAAACCAACAAUCAUGGAUAAACCAACAGAUAUGGAUAAACCAACAAUCAUGGAUAAACCAACAAUCAGGGAUAAACCAACAAUAAAGGAUAAACCAACAUUCAUGGAUAAACCAACAAUCAGGGAUAAACCAACAAUCAUGGAUAAACCAACAAUCAUGGAUAAACCAACAAUCAGGGAUAAACCCACAAUCGUGGAUAAACCAACAAUCAGGGAUAAACCAACAGAUAUGGAUAAACCAACAAUCAGGGAUAAACCAACAAUCAUGGAUAAACCAACAAUCAGGGAUAAACCAACAAUCAUGGAUAAACCAACAAUCAUGGAUAAACCAACAAUCAGGGAUAAACCCACAAUCGUGGAUAAACCAACAAUCAGGGAUAAACCAACAAUAAAGGAUAAACCAACAGAUAUGGAUAAACCAACAAUCAUGGAUAAACCAACAAUCAUGGAUAAACCAACAAUCAGGGAUAAACCCACAAUCGUGGAUAAACCAACAAUCAUGGAUAAACCAACAAUAAAGGAUAAACCAACAAUCAUGGAUAAACCAACAAUCAGGGAUAAACCCACAAUCGUGGAUAAACCAACAAUCAGGGAUAAACCAACAAUAAAGGAUAAACCAACAGAUAUGGAUAAACCAACAAUCAUGGAUAAACCAACAAUCAUGGAUAAACCAACAAUCAGGGAUAAACCCACAAUCGUGGAUAAACCAACAAUCAUGGAUAAACCAACAAUCAGGGAUAAACCCACAAUCGUGGAUAAACCAACAAUAAAGGAUAAACCCACAAUCGUGGAUAAACCAACAAUCAUGGAUAAACCAACAAUAAAGGAUAAACCAACAAUCAGGGAUAAACCAACAAUCAGGGAUAAACCAACAGAUAUGGAUAAACCAACAAUCAGGGAUAAACCAACAGAUAUGGAUAAACCAACAAUCAGGGAUAAACCAACAAUCAGGGAUAAGCCCACAAUCAUGGAUAAACCAACAAUCAUGGAUAAACCAACAAUCAUGGAUAAACCAACAAUCAGGGAUAAGCCCACAAUCAUGGAUAAACCAACAAUCAUGGAUAAACCAACAAUCAGGGAUAAACCAACAAUCAGGGAUAAACCAACAAUCGUGGAUAAACCAACAGCCAUGGAUAAACCAACAAUCAGGGAUAAACCAACAAUCGUGGAUAAACCAACAGCCAUGGAUAAACCAACAAUCAGGGAUAAACCAACAAUCAGGGAUAAACCAACAAUCAGGGAUAAACCAACAAUCAGGGAUAAACCAACAAUCAGGGAUAAACCAACAAUCAGGGAUAAACCAACAGCCAUGGAUAAACCAACAAUCAGGGAUAAACCAACAAUCAUGGAUAAACCAACAGCCAUGGAUAAACCAACAAUCAGGGAUAAACCAACAAUCGUGGAUAAACCAACAGCCAUGGAUAAACCAACAAUCAUGGAUAAACCAACAGCCAUGGAUAAACCAACAAUCAGGGAUAAACCAACAAUCGUGGAUAAACCAACAGCCAUGGAUAAACCAACAAUCAGGGAUAAACCAACAGCCAUGGAUAAACCAACAAUCAGGGAUAAACCAACAAUCAGGGAUAAACCAACAGCCAUGGAUAAACCAACAAUCAGGGAUAAACCAACAAUCAUGGAUAAACCAACAAUCAGGGAUAAGCCCACAAUCAUGGAUAAACCAACAAUCAGGGAUAAACCAACAAUCAGGGAUAAACCAACAGCCAUGGAUAAACCAACAGCCAUGGAUAAACCAACAAUCAGGGAUAAACCAACAAUAAAACAAUCACAUUUUCUCCCGACAGUUCAAAUAUCCUCAUAUCCAAUAACGAGACUCAGAUUAUCCCGACAAUAA